CAACCGCCCUCCUCCAUGGACGAGGACGACCACCACGGCAUGCACGUGGUCGAGUUCACCGUCGCCUACUCCGGUGCGGUGCUGGACCAAGGACCUCCGCCUCAACAGAUCCUAGCUUGGAUUGGUGGUCUUUGACUUUGCAACAGAUGUUAUUGUGCAUAUCGGUGAAGUCAGAUUCUACUUGCACAAGUGGGAAGUCGGAUCAUUUGCUGCUCAAAAUCCGACAAAUCGGAGGAGGAAUGCGCGAGAAGCAAGUCUAUCAUCAAUGGCAAGCUCAACAAGAUGAACCAUACAGGCGAGGAAGCUCCCAGGCGCAGCAACUCCUCCGUCCAAGUUGUGCGUUGGGCGUCGUCCACCCUGUUGGCCACCAGGACGUACGAGGCGACGAUUGGCAGUCUCGGUGGACCGGACGCCAACAUGCCGAUGAGGCUGAGAGCCACAAACAGGGUUGAUUGACGCGGACUACCGCGACCCGGUGGGCAGUGUGCUCUUCAACGACUCGGAGGUGGACUUGGCUAUGAAGACCGGCGACCGCGUCGCACAGAUGAUCAUCCAGGUAAUCUUGACGUUGGAGGUCGCCGAGGAGGAGGACCUCGACGCCACAGUUCAGGGGGAGGUCCACCUGCGUCUAAACUCCGAGUCUUGGUAGAUACAUCUAGAGAAGUGGUCUGUUUAGGUUGAUGGAAAGCUAGGGAAAGUACCCACCUUUUAAUGAUAGUUGUGUGCGUAUGAUAUGGGAUGUCGUGAUUUCUUCCUGUUCAGAUGUUCACUAUUGUAUCCAUGAAUGCUUCAAGUGUUAAAGAUGGUUCUAUGAC